CUAAAUAAAAGCACACAAUUCUUUAUUUUUCGUUCAUUCCCUUUUUGUUUGUGAGAGAGCAGCAAACCAAUAGACUUGGUGUGUUCAACUUCAAUUUAUUAAUUUAUCCCUCAAACUUCUGUCGGGGAAAAGAAAACAUUAACUUGGUAAGAAAUAAAAUUAGGAUAGGAUUUGGGGAGAGUUAGAUUGGGGGAAAUUAGAAUUAGGGUAGGGUUUGGGUCGAGUAGGGCGAUAGAAUAAGUGUGGGCGGAUAUCCAUGGGUCGGCUAUCCCUAAACCUGAAUCCAACGAACCUAGUAAAUAGUGUAUCUUAUCUAAACCCGAACCCGACCCUAAACCCGUAAAAAUGAGUUUUACCCGCGUUAACCGGAUUGGAUCGAGUAAGGUAUCCGUAGAUUAGAUUCAGGUUUUGUUGGAGUUAGUGAAGGUGUGAGUUUUGAAAUUGGCCUUGAAUAAGUACAAAGCGAGACGUGUCGAGUUGAUGUGGUAAAACCGUGGCUAAUUUCUGGACCGGUAACUAGAAUGUACUGGAAGGAAGAACAUACAAUAAACCUGUUAGAAAAUCGAAAUCCUCAAGACCAAUGCUGGCCUCAAGUUCUUCUUUCUCCUCCUCCCCACUAGCCUGUGGGGGCCGAGCAGCCAUUGACGGCUCUGAAACUAACCACGUCAUCCCCUUUCCCCCAUAUGUCGACAAUCCAACCCACGUGAUCCAUUCACUUUUCCUGGAAAAGAUACCAGCCGACGUGGAGCCUCAAAUAUCCUCACUUUCCCUUUUCCCUUUCCCUUUAUAUUGAUUGCCACCCAACGGCAACUGCAGAGCAUCAUAGUGUUCAUUCACCCUUGUUCAAUUCUAUAGUUACAAGUUUGAAGCUUGAGUUUUGGGCUUUGGCUAGCUUCUUCUGUGUUAGAUUUAAGCAAUUCCACACAUUUUCGUUAAAAUGGCCUUGACCUCGUCGACCUUGCAAACAAUCUUCUCCAGCCCAUCUGUGGCUAGCCGCGCCAGAACCACCAGCUACUCCUUUCCUCGCAUAGCAAGCGUUCCUCGUCUGAGCAGAAAUGCCAUCUUGUGCAUGGCCACUGGGGAUGAGAAGAGUGGACAGACCAACGAGCCCGCAGCAGCCGCACCCCCAACAACAUCCCAAAUCCCAACUAUUCCCCCUCCUCCACCCAAGCCCAAGGUGAGCACCAAGUUCGGCGACGUCCUCGCGUUCAGCGGGCCGGCGCCGGAGAGGAUCAACGGCAGGCUGGCGAUGGUAGGCUUCGUGGCCGCCCUGGCGGUGGAGCUGACCAAGGGUCAGGACGUGUUCACCCAGAUCUCCGAGGAAGGCGCCACUUGGUUCAUCGCCACCAGCGUCGUCUUCACUCUCGCUUCUUUGAUCCCGUUGUUCAAGGGGAUCACCGUGGAGUCGAAAUCCGGUGGGUUAAUGACCUCCGAUGCCGAGAUGUGGAACGGUAGAUUCGCCAUGCUGGGUCUCGUCGCCCUGGCCUUCACCGAGUACGUCAAGGGUGGUCCCUUUGUGUAAUUUGCUAAUUUUUGUAGACAUAUGCCUUCUCAAGAUUGUACUUGUAUUGUAUGCGACUAGUAGUAAGUAUACCAAUGAUAACCAACACUAUUUGGUCGCCAUUUCAAUACCGUUAAAAAGUUGGUUCAGCUUACCACAGCUAUAUAAUUCCCCAUUCCGAUGUUGAGAUAAAAAUGUACGUAUUUUAAAGAUACGUAACAAUAUAGUAUACGUACACCAGUGCUUACUACUGCUCCCAA